GGACGUUCCCCAUCAACUUUUGCUACUAGACGAGCGUAUUGAACGUUGUGCAAAGCUACUCAGCUAGCCAUUUAUCAUAUUCAUUUUUUAAGAUAGUUUGUCAUCGUGUCUGGCGCAUUUCUGCCUUUUGUAAUUCAUCCUGGGAUUCACAGUCGUCAGCAAACCAACAAAUUCCAUAAGUGACGAGGAGACUCCAUUUUCGUACGCGGCUGCCCGGGCUAGCCAGCAAGACGGCGGAAAGCUAGCUGGUUGUGUUGCUAGGCUAACUUUCUCGAGCCAGGCGAUAAAUUGUCUAUCUGACGACACUUUCGUUGACUACAAAAGACUCCCAGCAUGCUGAUGGUGGGAGGCAAUGGAUGGAUGCACUAGAAUGAGUGUGAAGGAGCUGUGUGAGACAGAUGACUUGGCCACGGGUUUGGUGCUGGACCCUUUGUUGGGUUUCAGCACCCAUAAAAUGAACAUCAGUCCUCCACCAGAGAUCCGGCGAUGGGGUAACCUCAAAGAGACCCUGCUGCGCUUUCAGCGUACGCAUGACUUCAAUGCUACGUUCGAGGCACUGACAGUGGGCGAACCGGCUGGUGACUACUUCAGUGCUUUGGGAGGCCAUCGACAGGAGCUGCUGAGACAACAUGUAUAUCGCUACCUCGGUGCCUUCCUGUUGGAUAGCGGCAUCAAGAUAGAGUCCUGUGACAGAUACUCCUCAGAGACCAACGGAGCAAAGAUAACCUCAACGAGGCACUGGUUUGUAGGUGAGCGGGUGGAGGUCCUGCUGGGCUGCAUAGCAGAGCUGAGCCCCGCAGACAGCGCUGUGCUGAGGGCAGGAGUCAAUGACUUCAGUGUGAUGUAUUCCACACGCAAACGCUGCGCUCAGCUCUGGCUGGGGCCUGCAGCUUUCAUUAACCAUGACUGCAAACCAAACUGCAAGUUCAUCCCUGGGGAGAAGAAUAUCGCAUGUGUUGAAGUGAUUCGACCCAUCUCACCUGGGGAGGAGAUCACGUGUUACUAUGGUGCCAGCUUUUUUGGGGAAGGCAAUGAAAUGUGUGAAUGCUGCACCUGUGAGAGGAAUGGAGAGGGUCACUUCAAACACAGAGGGAAGCAGCCUGAAUGUGAAGAAACAAAGGAUGCUGUUGGACAAAAGUACCGCUUGAGAGAGAGAUAUCUUCGUCAUCACAGAGAGAAGGGUCACUUUCCUACAAGGCCGAUAAUACCAGGAAUACACUCAGGUAUCUUUAAAGCCAUCCCCUCAAGGAAUUCCUUUACCCAGCAGAUGAGGAGAAAUGCCUUGAAGAACAGAAAAUUUAAUCAAACAAAGAAGUGGAGACGAGAGAAGCACAGACGAUCAGGAAAGCACCCGCUGAAAUCCUCCACUGUCAAACAGUGUUGGACAGUUCCACUUUUGUCCCAAGUUUCUCUGAGAGACAUUAGAAUCAGAGUACGGCGCCACUCAGUGGCUUUCUUACUCAAUUGUAAGGAUCCGAAGAGUAAAGAAAGGGCUUUGCUUAAACAACUGGAGGAAGUGAGUCCAAAAGAAAAGAUAAGUGAACUGAAUUCGACUGGGGAAGAAAAUCCGAGCAGUGAGGUAAACCUAAAGCCUUUCACUCUGAACUCCACCAUGCCGGUUCAUCAGGAAAGUGGACCUGCAGGACAUAGCGCAGGCCUUAAUGGGAAGUCUGUCAAAGUGGUGGAAAGGCAGGCAGCUUCCAAAAAAAACUCUUCGAGAACAAGAAGCAUGGUCACUACCACGCUCACUCAUCAAACAGGGUCCAGUAGUGCAGCCAACACUACAACUCUUUGUCACCCUGUCAAAAAUGACAAAACCUGUAGUGCAAUAAAAGAAGGGAAGACUGAUAAAGUAGCAGAAGAGAGUCAAAGCGACAAGAGCAGCAACAUUGAAUCCUGCGUCCUCGACACGGCUAAGACCCCAGCUACUGAGCACAAGACCAUCAGAGCUUCAUCACUCUUAGAAGUUUGUCAGGAUGUCACAGAUGUACACAAGAAAGCUGGAGACAAUCCACUAAUAUCACUGAAGCAAUACCUUAGAGUCAACCUAACAAGGAUAUCAUUGCAGCAAAGUGUAAAAGUAGAAAAGACUUCUGAAGACAGGAAAGAGGGAGUGGUAUUACGAGGAAGGGUCAGGCAAAGCCAGUGUCCCAAACCGGCACCUCUCACAGUAAAAAGAGCAUCCAGAUCACAGCAGAAUCAGGGAGGAAGUUCAGAGAGCUGCACAGCCGAAGGUAACAGAGGGGUGAGGGAAAUGUUUUUCAAGGCCACCGAUAAGGUAAAUUUAAAGAAGCAGCAAUCGAGUGAAUCUGUAGUUGAUGUAUCGCACAACAAGCAAGGUGGAAAUGUCAAGAUUAUUGAAAUACAAACAGUGUCAGAAGAAAAUUAUGAUAUUAAGAAGGAGCAGCAGGACAUUGUACAAAGCAAAAUUGAAGGGCAGAAAGAAAAUAAAAAUGCUGCAUGUGCAAUUGUGGAAUGUGAAAGCAACAUGGCCCUGAAAGCAGUGAAAGAGUCAGAAUGUAAAAUGUCCACAGAAAGAACUAGAGGACAAAAUAACACACAGUGUGUUAAAAAUAAAGCCGGGGAGGAAGUUAAACUAUCAGAACAAAUGACUAGGAGUGUUAGUAAACGGCCAGUAAGUAGGUUUGAAGCAGAUAUUGUCAUAAAGCAGGCAAAGGUUCUUCUGUCUGAUAUUUUAAGAAAAGAUAAGUCCUGUAUAGAUAAGAGAUUACACAGAGAUAUUGCAGGGCUUUCUACCUCGGCCUCUAAAGAAAUGCAAAGUGCUGAGAAGGACGAAGAAACAACUGAAAUAAAUGGAGGCAGAUACCAUUUUUCGGUGCAGAGGAGGAUUAUUAGGCGACGAAAGAUGAGACCAAGAGCAGUGAAAACAAAAGCAGAAACUAAGCAAAGCACCAAGGGACACUUGAGCAAAGAAGUUCCAGCUACAGUGACGGCUAAGUUGAGUGAGGAUAGUUCGCAGCUUCAGUCACCACAGAGGCAUAAUUACCCGCCGGCUCCCAGCCUCAACCCACUACCUCAUAAGUCACUGAUUUCAGCAAAAGCUACGACUAAUCCGCACCCAGACACCAAUCCACAGGCACACAUACAGUCCAACAUACCUCUGAAAAAACGUACAUUUCGCAGUUCUGUGGAAAUAGACUCCGAACAAGGUCUGAAUUCAGCUUCAGAUCAAGCUUCUAAAGAAGGCACUGAGUUAAAGUCAACCGCAGAGCUGAGGCAGGGCCCUACCGCGUGUUCAGGGGAGAGCAGCAAAGGGAAAAGAGAUUGUAAAGGCAGAUUUCGGACAACAGAGGUCCAGAGGUUAAAUCCCCAAAGGAUCACAAAACAAAACUCCUUUAAGCGAGUGCUUCGGUCCCGAGUUAAUGAAGUUCAGCGAAGCCAUGUGUUGAGAAAAGUUCGAAAGUGUAAAUUAGAUAAGGGUGACAUCGACACAGCUCAGACACCAGAGAGUGAUAAGCUUGCAGAGUACAAACAGGCUGAGGGGCCUUCUGUAGUCCGAGCGCAGCGUGGUAAAACUAAGAGUAAAUCUGAACAGGAAGACGAGGUAGAAGAGCACAGUGAUUUGGAGGAGACAAAGCCAGCCCUUGAUUUUAAGAUUCGUUUAAAGAGGAGGAGAGGGAAGGUAUGGGAAAUGCAAAGUGCAGGAUUGGAAAAUAUGGCAUUAAAAACAGAAAAGGGAGAUGAGUCGGUGACAUGCGACCCUUUUAAAGCCAUUAUGGAUUCUGUGACAAUUUUAAACAUGGAGAUGGAGGCAGCUCAGGCUCAUGUGCAGGCAAGUAAAAAGUCAAAGGGCAGAUUACAUCAUUUGAAAAAAAGGGUUGAGAAGCUGACUGAAAAUAAAAUCACAGAUGCAUUCCCAGAUAUAAAAUCAGACAAAGACCUUGAAAAUGUUGAAGGUGUUUGUGGACCCAGUGAAACACAGAACGACAAAGUAGAAAUUAAAGAGAAGCUUGGCAGGGAACUUCAAGAUGGAUUCAAACUGCUGCCAAAUAAAGUAGGCAGUUGUAAAAAUGACAGUGGUACAUCAGCUGCAGGGCAAGAAGCAAAAAUUGAGGAUCGUUUUGUAAAGAAUUGCUGCUUAUUUGAAACUGGGUCACAACAGAAACUGCAGCCUGAAUUGGAUGCAAAUGGUUUUCCGUUACCAGUAAUUAAACUACGUAGAAAGACAGAGGAUAUUUGGGAGGUGGAUAGCAAAGAAGAGCUCAUACAAACUCAACUUAAAGUAGAGCCCAAAGUUAAGAACGAGAUGAAGGGUCACAUUAUAGGGAAACAAAAGAAAGGAUGUCUUGAUUUUUGCAAGCUCAAAGAAGAGUCUUUACAGAGACUGAACAGCAACGCAGCCUUUCUGAAAGCAGAGCCGCCACCAUUUUCCUUGUCUCUGUCACCGCUGUCGCUGUCUUCCCCUCUUAAUGACAGUAAAACUGAAGUUAUAUCCUCGGCUGCAGAUGCAGUCACUGAAAGGCCAGAGAUGAACAGCGGAGGAAGGAAACAGAGGCACAAAAUGGAGAGAACACGGAAGUGUGGGCCUGUAGAAACACCCACCCCCUGUCUUAGUCACACUCUCCAACAAAUUGACAACAGUCUCUCCAGGCUCUCCGAGGGCUUGUGUUCAUCUCAGACUUUGGAAAAGCCAACAGCGUGUUCCAGUGCUGCUAAUUCUGUCAUCCAGCCCCCGUCCCAGUCUCCUCCAUUCACAACUGCAGAUAACAUGCUGUCCGGUGAGCCCAGCUUUACAAACUGCUGCGACGAUAUACUAGACUUUCAGUGUCUCAACUUUGAGGGGUAUUAUCAGCCACAGAACAUACUUCCAUCUUCCCCAUCUGAUCUCUGUUCACUAGAUCCACCCACAGAUCCUUUCAGCAGUCCCCUCUCUCACAGCCCAGCUGACACAUGGACCACGGAGACGCCGUACCUUGGCCCUCCCAGUCCAGGAAAUAACUUUACCAGUGAGGAUCUGCAGUUUUUUCCAGGUCUGAUUUCUUCCAAAAGUGAUUCUGUUCCUCUGGAAUGUGAUGCAAAGGAUACCUCCAAAGACAGAAACCCACCCAACCCCAGUUUAAGUUUUGCAGCCCUCGGCAGCUCUGACUUCACCGCUAAGGAUCGAAUUCUAAGUAAAAAUCCAGGAAUGAGGUUGCCCAAAGAAGACCACAGAACUCAGUCUAGUCCUGUAGCCAGCAAGCCUCGGUUGCUUGCUGCAACACAGUCUUCUGUUACAUCUCACACUCCUAUUACUAUAACCCAACCCUCCAUCAACGUCAAGGCGAGCACCAGCCAAUUAAAAGCUCAGUCGAACCUUAAAACCCAGGGCCCCUUCCAUCGUAUGGCCAUCCCUAAUAAAUCCCAGUCUUUUUCAAGUAAUCAGCCAAACACAGUCAGAGGAGUGCCCCAGAGCUGCUUGACUAAGUCCGUCCCAUCAUCGCAAAUGUCCAACAAAUUCUUGUCUUCUCAACUCUUCACUGUGAAAACUCCCAAUCCUCCUGACAACCCUUUCAAAUUCCAGGAGAAGACCUCGACAGUUAUUCACAGGGUGCUUAAGUUUCAGGACGGGAACCAGAAUCAGAACUUGUAUAGUGCACCUUGUAAAGACAUCACGGCUGCUGGCAGCCCCAUCGUCAUGUCUAGAACACUUAAUGCAAAAUCAGGUGCUAUUGAGAAGACCCAGCAGAGUCAGAAACUAGCUGUUGGUAUAGACAGCCAUCAAAAAGGCAACAUUCAGGGGUUUGGAAAAGAUGUCGGCCAUCUUGGUUCCUCCAGCAACCCCAACAGGUCCAACCCCCAUUUCAACAAACAAAGCUCCUCUUUUCCUCAGUCUUUUCAUAGAAGUAAGAUGUCCUCUGACAAACAUGAAAGUGUUGAAACUAACAUGACAUACAAAAACCUUUCAACGCUGCCAAGACCUUUCUUCUUUCCUAGCAAAGUGUCUGAUAGUUAUUCAUCACAAGACAAAAAGUCCACUCCAUCGACCUCAGACAAGCACCAGCCAUGUUACACUCAGCAAGACCCUUUUGACUUUAGCUUUGGCUCGUCUCUCUCACCCAUGCCUCAGCACAACAGCCCCCAAGUGGCCCACAGUACACCUCCUGGUACGCCAGCACCAGCAAACAAGAAUCAGUCCUCAACAUCCUCAGCCUCUUUACCCUAUGGCUAUCAAGGUCCUCCCUACGUACUAAACUUUAGCGGAGAUCAUUCAUUGACCCUGGGUCUCAGGGAUGGGGCUGAGGGUUACCCAGGAUUAGGCUCGACAAACUACACCUACCAUUGUCUGAUGGAGCCAUCAGGCACCCAAGGGCGACUGGUUCUGGAGCCCUGUGGACCCCAGCUGUCUAACCCAGCAUCUUUUUCCUUGGGUGGAUUUUCAGGGCUCAAAGGUCAGGAUGAACAUUGCAGGAAAGACAUGCAGCAGCAGUGCCAGCCCGGGGAACACCAAGGCACGUCACACUAUGGACCUGUUACAUCCUCUCACUCUAUGGGUGCCACAAAACCCAAGAGGGUGAGGUUAGUGGUGACAGAUGGCACAGUGGACUUAGAUCUCCAGUACUCGGACUGAUUUAUAUCCAUUGCAGUCACAGGAUCCCAGAAUAUAUUUGGAUGUUGUUUUGUUCAAGGGGGAUUAUAUAGAGUCUGCCACAAGAUGUUUUUGUAAACACUGUAAUUCAUAGUCUACCAAUUAUUAAAGCCCACUGACUGAUUGACACUUUUCUAAAUCAUUAUUUUGAUGGACUGUUAAUGUAUGAAUGAAUUGUACAGGAUUUUAUGUAAAGCGAGUAUCGGCGUGUUUUAACUACUGUAUGAUUUUUAAGAAAAAAUUAAGUAUCUGCUACAAUUUGCUGAGAAAACCAAAUUAAAAUUGCAUAAAGAAAACAAAGCAUUAAAUAUAUUUGUGAAUAGGAGUUUGACCCUACAUGCCCCAUAAACAAUGAAAGCCCUCUUACUGUACUGUAACAUAGCUGUAUGACUUUCUAUACCAUGUAUGGCGGUAGAGACAGGAGCACCAUCGUCGGUUGCUGGUACUUGUAUUGAUUGGUUUUAAAAAAGGCAGCUUUGUGCCUCAGUCUUUUAUAUGUUCUUGUGACUUUUUCUUUCUUUGUGACGGGAGUUCUUCCAGUUGGAAACAUUUAGAUAUUACCAUUUUACAUCAAGAAAAGUGACAAUCUUUUCACAGAGUAACUCACUUUUGUCAUUUAUUUGGUCUUUCUUUUUCUACGGAGUUUACGAUUACUAUAGAGAAAGAGCAGAAAGAAAAGUUAUGCAUCACCUGCAAUAGUUAGUUGUUUUGUUGUCACUGAUGGAGCUACACAUUUAUAGGUGUUUAUAUUGUAAGCAGAGUUAUUUGCUGUUGAUUGUGGAAGUCACGCGAGCAUUCCCCUCAUGUAAUGAUGUACUGUAUGUUGAACCCAUUUGACAUCAGUGGGCAGGAGCGUUCAGUGUGACUACACAGCCUUACAUUACUACCAUGAAAAUGUACUGUCUUGAUAUGGAAAGGCCAAUUAUUUAUUUUAAUAUCCUCAUCCUUGAAAUGGUGCUUUCAUGUAAUUUAUAUUUCACGUUGAUUGUUCAAACUAUUAAAUGUUUUUUAUUAUUUAAUGGGACAAAAUACUGAACUGAAUAUUUACAUCAAGUAUUUAAUUUCACAGCCUUUGACAUCUUAUUCAAUUUUUUCAGUUGUUACAGGUAAAACGUUCUGUCUUUUUUCUAAUUGGCAGUUAGUCUUACUGAAAGUCUGCUGUAGAAAUGUACAAAUGUAGCCUAUAUCAUUAAAGACACUUAAUUCUUUUUUUGCA